AUGAAAUUCUUCACUAUUCUCGUUCUUGCGGUUUUGUGUCUUCAAGCUUCUGCAAAAGUGAUUCCUUCGAUUCCAGAAGCUACUGACAUUUCACAAGUAUUGUCGGGACCACAAAUUGCAGAUAAUGUGCCAGAAGAUGUUUUGGCUGUGGGAAAUGUUGCUAACAUGAUCAGAUCUUGUACGGUGGAGAUCUUUGGAAAGUGUGUUAUUCCCUGA